CGUCGCGCCGACGUCUCUAAAGUCUAAUCACAAGUCCCCCACAGGCCACAGCGGACCAGCCCACUCAUCGACGAGUUGGGUAGGUCACAGUCGCACGAUCUGUCGAAGCUGAAGGACUUCGUGGUAGAUCUACCCAUCGAAAUUUGGGAUCAUAGAUCUACUGGUUUAGGGUAGAUGUAUGUACCUGUUAGCACAGAAGAAAAUGAGAGGAUAGUAUUAUACACACUGUGACUGUGUGACCGAGUUGCGCCGACCAACGCGACGCCGAAGCGGUGCCUGCCGGAGCAGCUUUUAGAUUUAGCAGUUAUUUUAGAAGCAAACGCGGACUUUCACCAGUUCAGACCAGCGAGAUGUCCGCGUUUCAAUGCUCGCAACAUGGCGACCGGGACCUGCUGUGUUUCACCUCGCCAAGGUCCAUUCUCUUCUGCGCUGUGGACGCAUCGUUCGAUAGCGCUGAGCGCUGCUGGUCACCGAAGAUGUACGACGCUCUGCUGGCAUUAUUCGGUGCUGACUGGAGAACCUUCUGUCAAGAGACGAUGUUCCAAGUGAAUAGCAAGUCAGGAUGCAAGCUGCCAACAUGUCGUGAUGGAGUAUUUGACAUGAAUUCACUGACUUCGCUUCUAGUCGGACUUCAUAGAUCCUCUGCAACUCUGACGAGAGGAUCAAGAGCGAAUCAACUCCAGGCAUGGGAUCAUGGAAACCCGAAAUCCGCCGCGCACUUCAACAUUGGGCAGAUAUCAGGAGCAUUCAGACUGCCGGGCUGUUCGGUUUACAAGAAGCGAUACGACAACGGCCUCUCUGAUGAUGAGGUGUCUGAGUGGAUCCAGCAUCUAUCGUACACUAUCUUUGCCUUCCGUCAACAGUACGCCCACAAGAGUACAGAUGUAACUGCAGAAACAGCUCUGGAUGCUCUCAUGGCAAUGGCAGAGCUGUGGCCCGACUCUUCAGCACCAGACGGCACACAAGCAAGCGUCGACAGUUACAGAGAUCACGGCAACAUACCAGCACCAAUUAGCAGUGCUACACCCAGUCCCGGAUAUGCAUUCGACACCGCUCUCAAGCUGGUUAAACAGCUGUGCAUGGAGGGUACAACGGGUGUCGACCAGAGCUUCGUUUGUUCUCCGAGCCUAGUUCUGAAGAUGAUUUCCUCCCAAGCACUGCACCUCGUUGAGCAACUACCUGGAAACAUAGUGCAGGAAAUCGCUCUGGGAGGAGGCCAUGGUCCAAAGCUGGAUGCCCUCAAAGCUAUGAGGAAGAUCGCUUUCCACUGUGCAAAGGCCAAUCCUGACACGGUCCGCAACGGAAUUCGCCAAGCUCUCCACCUGGUGGAGCUGUAUGGGAGGCAGGCUGAGGAAAGAUCCUUUCUCAAAUCAUUGCUGGACUCUGUAGCGCCAGUAGCGCGAGCUCUAAAGGGCAGACACCCGUCGACGGUGGCCAAAUGCAAGCUUACACGGCCGUCGACUAGCGGAGAUCAAGACAUGAAUCAAACAAAACGGCACUUCAUUCAACAACCAAGAGCGAGACCACAGUUCAUUGGUCGGCAGAAGGAGAUGGAGAGCAUUCUGCACGAUAUCCAACCACACCACGUUACAGUCGUCGCCGGUGGAUUUGGCUGCGGAAAGACGGCUCUCGCAAUCGAAGUCGCCAGGGUACUGCGCGAUAAAUUCCCGAUUCAGUUUUGGAUACUGGGAUCAUCACGGGCUCUGCUUGAGUUAUCCAUGAGAAGGGUUCAGGCCAUGUUGCACCUAGUUCAACAUCGAUAUGAAGUGGAGGACCAUGACAAGGGCAGCCAGGAAACCGGUGAUGCAUCCCCGUGCGUACUGUUCGUCAUCGAUGGUCUAAAUCGACCGUCUCAGUUCAAUACCACUAGCUUGGCGUGCGGCACGUUGAGGAACUGCGCCAUACUGUGCACGAGCCACUGCGCUGAUGUUUGCACUUGGUCUCAGAUUGUUGGACCAACAGUCAGCUUGCAGAAGCUUCCUCCCCUAGAGCUGUGCACCAGCCUGAGGCAGCUCAUGUCCCGCUAUUCAAUGCUGCAGAGGAACCCCAGGGCCUUAGCUGACCUGGUAAUUGAUGCUGACAAGUACAGGUUCACCAUGCAGAGGAAUAUGGUGGAUCCAUUGACCAUCGCCGCCAUUGCAACAACGCUGAGCAGCUCUCCAGAACUGGUCACCGCGACGAGGUCCAUGUUUAACUGGGCUGCACCCCCAGCGGUGGCCGUUGGACACCCUGCACAGGGCACGGGUGUCGGAUACACACUCGCCUUCCACAACGCUGGACCACGGGCACUGCUGGAGAAGGCUAUACCGCAGCUGCCAGGCGACUCCCGGGCUCUGCUCUACUCGAUCGCGUCGCUGUGCUCCAAGACCGCUAGCAUAUCCUGGUCAAUGUUCACUGGCACGAGGCUCUCCGACUAUGACUACGGAAAUACCCCGCCAAUAGAACGGUUCCUUGUCGAUUCCUCACCCGAAAUGGCCAGCCGGCGGCAGAAUGCCCUUGAUAGACUGUGUGAGUAUGGUCUAUUAUCUUUCAACCUGCAGAGCCAGCGCAUUGAAGUUCCUCCACUGGUUCAAAAGGAGGUAAUGCACAGCUCCGGACAUGCUGUACUCGACGGCUUGAUUUCCGCUAGUCAAAUCCAACACGGUAUUUGCGUUAUCCUACACGAUGGCUUCAAGCAACUGGUGUGCCAUGCACCAAACUUCUCCGAUGGCUUGCUGAAUUGGCAACCGAUGCACAAUCUGCUUGCAGCCACGGAGGGCUUUCUCUGUGGAGAUUUGUUCAGCUGCCUGGACAAUGAAAAGCUGUCGCUGCAGCUGUGGACGUCCAGACUGUGCUUCUGCAUUGCACUUUGGGAUACAUCCCUACUCUGGUAUGAAGCAGCUCUGGAAACAGCUCAAUGCAUAGGAAGCCACAAUGAUGCUCAUGCUGAUCGCAAGGAGGCCUCGUCCAGUGUACCAUGCGACACAAUUAUCAUGCUAGAGUAUGCAAUGGUGCUGUGGCGUGCUGGUAAAGUCAACCACAGCAUCCAUUUCCUGGAGAGAGUGCAGCAUAACCUUGGCAAGACUUCUCAAGCGUAUGUCACUGACCCGUGCAGCAAAGGAGAACUGGCGGUCCGCCAACUGCACCUAGCCACGCAUGAGGAACUCUUGUACGCUCGCCUGAACUCUCCAGACGAGAGCUGGAGCUUGCAAAUCAUGCAGCACAACAUCGACAGACCAAAUAAUCAGACCAGUUCCUCAUUGAGUCCACCUGAAGAGUAUCCGCAACUGAUGAUUGGACCCCUCGCAAACAAGGCCUUUGAGCACACGUUGACCUCGGUGCUCGAAGACAGCCUAGUGCUGGCCCAGGGUGGCCUUGUGGAAACCGGUCUGGAAGCGCUGGUGAUGGACGCUAUUGUGGCACUGGAGAGUGAUUGUCGCGGAACCGAGGGCAUCCAUGCCCUUUGUUCUAGCUGUCUGGCAAUGAUGCUGUCUCCACUCUGCAACACCGACAUUGCCUUUGACUUCUAUGCCGUACUGGCUGUUGACCUCAUGACGGCUGUACUAUCGGAGCUCCUGACUGGAUACAACAGUCAGCUGGCAUUACCAUCGAUGGACCUUCCAAAAGACCACGCGGAAAUUGUCAACGAGGCAUUCUGCAUCGAGAAACUGAUUCCCCUGCUCGGCAGCUUAGUUGGAGAGCACUACAACUUUUCGCAGCGUAUCCAAGGACUGCUUUCUUGUGCUCCUGGCGCACUGCCAAGUGAGGAGGAAUUUGCUGUGCAAUGGGCAAUACUCUUGGUGGCCAGGACGUCAAGUAUCUUCUACAGCUACAUCAGCUUGAUCAAGAAAUCCUACCGUUGGUCAUUUGCUAUGGCACCGGACUUGAUUAAGGAGCAUGUCGACAAAACAAUGGCAGUCGCUUACCUAAUCUGUACCAAUGCCAGGAACGCGCUGGUCACAAUGAAAACAAAAGCAUCGCCAACACCGGCCCACAAUGCUGCUGUGGAGGGCCCAUUGAUUCUGCUCUGGAACAUGUGGAUGAAUGAGUUUGGUUUCGGCGUUUACGCCGACCCAAUAGCAAACUUUGGACCCAUGAACCCAGAAAAGAGAAAGUAUUAUGCCCUUCUUGGGGAAAUGACUGCCAAGGGUCAAUAUCCAGAGGUGACGCUGCUUGCCCAAUGUAUCGCCAAUGAGUUUGGGGGUCUGCGCGUAUGGGUAUCGCCGCGGAUGGCCGGUCAAGACGAGCAUUGCGAGAAGGCAGAUGCCGUCGUCGAUCGGGGGGUGCUUGUGGACCACGUCUGCCAGACGCUUUUGGAAAUUGGCAUAGUCGUUGAUCGAGACGUGGUGAACCACGUGGUGUUGGAGCAGCACAUCACGUCGGAAUCAGAGCUAUUUGAUUAUUUCACUCAGCACUCAUCAACAUGAUAUUGUUCUGCUGCUUGGGGAGCAGAUGCGUGUCAUUGUCAUGGUUACUAAAUUGUCGCCGCCCACUCUGGACCAUCUCUGCAUGCUGGCUUUUCAGUUUUCACUAUGAGGCACAAAAAGUACCUGAAAAUCACGGAGCUGUCAAAGUACUUGUGGGCACUGCAGAACCAGGGUAAAGAGUACGACAUUGUGUGGUCCAUCGGCGACAGAGCCAAGACGUACAGCAACACACUUCGAAGUGAAAAAAAGGUGAAGAUCAUCCGCGCUGAUGCAGCCACGCUCCUAAACAAAAAAAUCAGAAUUCGUCUCAACAUAUCGACACAAAAAUAAGUUCUACCUCUGGCGCUAUACUGGUGUGACUUAGUCACCAUGGUCACCUGCCUGCCGUCACUGGGGCCUGCCUGCCGUUGCUACGACUUGACUGUCACCUCUCCUUCUCUUCCUUCGUUUCAUCUCUCAUGGAAAUUGACACCAUCCGCACCAUGCCUCACUUACUUUAAUGUCACACUAUACUGCUUGCCUGGAUAUAUUAUGUAAGUUUGUAGCCAGAUGAUGCACAGAUUAUCAGUUGUCUGAGGAUUGCUAGCUUUGCUAUGUGCAUGAAGCGCAGUAUUACAACAAUGACCUAGCCAGUUGUCUCUGCUCCCUUCUGCCUUUGUGAAUAUGCAGGGGAUGAAUUCAUUGCGGUUAUGUUUUGCAUAGCAGUUUUCGCUAUAUAAUCUUAAUUGUGUAGCAAUCUUUGAUUUUUGAUUAGCACAAAAGUCUGUGUACAUGUCCCGCUAGCUUCCACCCUACGUGUGGUUACUUGCAUCAUACAUGUGCAUGCAGAUUGAGAAUAGGCAUGUACCACCUACACUGCACUGUAUGCAUGUUACUUGACGGCGCAAGCUUGGCAUGGAUCGUAGUCUGUAUAUAUCGCAGUUUUCUGCUAGUCGUGGUGAUUUCUGAGUAGCAGUACAUCGAUUUUGCAUAGCAAACUGCGAUGCGAUACCAGAUAAGUUCAUCCCUGAUAUAAUUGUAUGGAUUGGAUUGGUUUAUUUAAUGUCGAAGAACAAACCGGCAGUGUUGCCUUAUUACAUGAGAUCGACUACAGGCA